UUACACAUUUCAGACGAUACAGUGAAUAACAACUUAUUGACAAAUUCAAAGUUUCCAGCCUAUGGUCAGCGCAGCAUAUCUCUAAGUAGUUACGGAAACACUGUGCCAGUAACUACAGAAGGAAGAGCGUUUUGUAUAGUUUUUGCUUUAAUCGGAAUACCUCUUACGCUUACUGUGAUAGCAGAUUUGGGACGCCUUUUUGCUUCUUCGCUCUCUACUUUUAUGGACCAUUUGCCUAGGUGUUGCAGAACUGCCACCGCUGUUGUUCGCAGACCUUCUUGUUACGCACUUGGAUCGGUUGCCUUUUUAUUCGUUUAUUUGGCGGCCGGUGCGGGACUGUUUGUUGUUUGGGAGGACGACUGGACGUUUUUUGACGGAUUUUACUUUUGCUUUAUUACCAUGACCACGAUUGGGUUUGGAGACUUGGUUCCAAAAAAACCGAAGUAUAUGCUGCUUUGCACGGUGUACAUACUGAUAGGAUUGGCGCUUACAUCCACCAUAAUCGAGUUGGUCAGAAGGCAAUACCUACAGUCGUGGAAACAGCUGCAGGCGAUGUCUGGGCCACUGGCCGAAAGUCUUCGCAAAAUGGCAGAUAGUGCCCCUGGCAUAGACGUUUCGGCUUUUCAAAACGAUUUAAAGAAAGUAUUAACUGUGGUUACGAUGCCCAAACGGUUUACGAACCAAUUAGACAAAUACGGGAGGCGACCCAAACAAAUUCAAUGGGAGGAUGCCGUGGAAUCUGUAAUAAGGGAUAUAUCAAAUGGAACCCAAGAGAGGCAAAUUUCACCGCCAGUUGUUAAAAUUGUCAUUUACGAAAGUUCUGUUUAACGCCUACUACGAUGUUCAAUUAUAUUAAACCGAUGUAUCGUAAGCAAUUUCAAGAUUUCAGCAAUUACUGUUUGCGUUAGCUUUUUGAAGUUACGCACAAAGCCAUUCUUCACAAUAUUUUGUAUAAAUCACAUACUCAAA